ACACGGCUGUCUGGGCUUCGCUAACUAAAUUGUAAACACAUGUCUACAGAAGGAUAAGAAGGCUUGCUGUCAUCAAAUUAGGUGUGAAAUGGAAAGUUUGGAAUGAAAAACCAGCACAACAUAGCAGCAGAAUCUAACGUUGGGGACAGGCUAAGAAGAAAGAGAGAAGUCCUGCCUUUCGAGAAAGCUUCAGUCGGUUGGGUGAACUGCGGUCAAUUGUGAAAGAAGGCAUUCCAAUCCUGGCAUUGACAGCUUCAGCGGACACCCAAUCUAGAGAGAGGGUCAUCAGUAUGCUAAACAUGCAGGGAGCAAGGAGAAUACACGUAUCCCCAAACAGAGAGAACAUUAGACUAGGUAUUGUAAGACUGCCAAACGAUAAGCUGAAAUGCCUUGACUGGGUAGUUAAACUGGUAAAAGAUGGUGGUGUUGCUGCACCACAGAUAAUCAUUUACUGUCGGUCAGUAAAAACAACAGGCAAAGUGCAUCGUUACCUGCAUACAGAGCUGGGACCAGAUGCCUGGGUGGAUAGGGACCCCGAAGAAAGAACAAAAAACUGUUUCAUUGGAAUGUACCACAGUUCCACCCUGCCUAAAUACAAGAAAUAUGUUGUUUCAUCACUGAAUGGUAAUGGCAACUGUAGAAUUGUACUAGCAACUAAUGCUCUCAGUAUGGGGAUGAACUUCCCAAAUGUCUCUUAUGUCAUUAUGUACGGCCCACCGGAGGACGCAGAAGAUGUACUCCAGCAAAUUGGUAGAGCUGGGCGUAGUGGGUCACAUGUUAAUGCUGUUCUGUACUAUCAUGGGACACAGCUAAUAAAAGUUGACAAGGGUGUUAAGGGCUUGGUGACUACAAGUCCAAGUGACUGCAUUCGUAAGGCUUUAUAUUGCCUGUUUGAAGAUGGCCCUGUGAGCGUGGAACCUGGUCACAGAUGCUGUACACACUGUCACAGGACAUGCAAAUGUGCAGGUGAAGCAUGUGAAAUACCCUUCCCACCAUCUGAAUCCUUCAUGAAUAUUUUCAGGUUGCAAACUAGAUACAGAGAUGUAGACCCAGAGGAUAGAAUCCUGGUCAGGGAACUACUGCAGGAGUAUCGAGCUUACCUGCUGCUCAAUACUACACAUCUGUAUACCAACUCUGAAGCCUGUACAGGUUUUAGUGACGAAUUGAUAGAGUCUGUUGUUGAGAAUUGUACACACAUCUUUGACUAUGUUUACAUUGUCACACACCUCCCUGUUUUCUAUGGAGAACAUGCUAAGGAAAUUCUCCGCAUUAUAUAUGAGGUGUUUGGAGACAUUGAGUAUGUUGAGCCAUCAGUUUUGGAAUCUUUUGAUGAACCAGACCUGGAUUAUCCUGGGUAUUUUGAUGGGCCUGAUGACUAUGACAAUGUUACCGAAAAUGAUGUCAGUUCAUUGUAUGGCAGUGACUCUGAUCUAGACAGUUCAUCUGGUAUAGAUCCAGACAGUUACUCUGGUAUAGACUAGUAGCUAAUACUACUACAAGGUAUAGAGACUGUGACCUUUGACUCCUUGACAAUUUCCUACCUUAGGAAAAUUCAUUUUUCUUUGAUGAACACCAUCAUGUUUGAUUUUUCAAUUUGAUAAGUUGUAGAAAUUAUGA